AUGAUUCAGUUGCCUAAAUGGGAGAAAACAAGUAGACAAUCAGAACUUCAUGCAGAAACAGCAUUUGUAGAGAGUGAAAAGACGCCACUGAUUCAUCAUGAUGUAACAGAUAGUUAUAGUAAAUAUAAACAAGAAAUUGAAAAAUAUUAUUUAAUAUUUCCAGGACUGUUUGGUCAACUUUUAUUGCCAUUUUCUGUGUACACCAAUGGAGCAAAAAUAUUUAACACACAUCAACCGGAAGGUUCCUUAACAGCUAUCAACGGAAUCCGGUUUAUAUCCAUGACUUGGGUUAUACUUGGACAUGCAUAUGGAUUCAUUUUAAGUGAUGUUGAUAAUGUAGGAAGUUUUCUACCAAAGAUGAUUAAAAGAGCAACAUUUCCCGCCAUCAGUAAUGCCUUGGUUUCGGUAGAUACAUUUUUUGUUCUUAGUGGAACGUUACUGGUGUACAUAGUAAUGAAAGAACUAAAGAAAAAAGGAGGGAAACUUAAUUGGGGAAUGUUUUACUUUCACAGAUUUUGGAGGUUGACACCACCUUACAUGCUGGUACUUAUGGUAUAUGUUUCACUCUUUCCAUAUAUCGGUAGUGGUCCAGUAUGGAAAAAAGAUGGCGCAGAGUACAACUACUGUAAAAACUCCUGGUAUUACAAUCUCUUGUAUAUCAAUAAUUUCUUUGAAAAACCAGAGGAUACGUGCUUUGGAUGGGCUUGGUAUCUAGCUAAUGACAUGCAGUUUUUUGUACUCAGUCCUUUGAUUAUACUGCCAUUAUUUCUAGGUGACAUGACCCACUACUAUGAAAUAUACUUCCGGCCAUACUUUAGAAUGGGACCUUACCUUGUUGGUAUGUUCACAGGAUAUCUACUUUAUAAAACAGAUUUAAAGUUCAAAAUGAAUAGAUUUCUAAAUUUAUUUGGUUGGCUGAUAGCGGCUGUAUCAGCAUGCGCAGUUUUAUAUGGUGUAUAUGAUGACGUCAACGGAAGUCGUGAAUCAAGAGAGGUAUCUUCGUUCUACAUAACAGUGCAUAGAACCGUCUGGGGUGCUGCUGUGGGCUGGGUUAUUUUUGCUUGUGCUCAUGGAUAUGGAGGUUAUGUGAAUACAGUUCUCUCAUGGAAAGGAUUUAUUCCACUGAGUAGAUUAACAUAUUGUGCAUAUCUGGUACAUCCGCCUGUGAUAUAUUACUACCUAUCUACACGACGAAGAUUGAUUCAUCUAUCUGAUAUAGAAAUUAUAUAUGAAUUUCUUGGACAUCUAGGUUUGUCAUAUGCUGCAGCGUUUCUAGCAUCUUUAGCCUUUGAAGCACCGAUGAUGGGACUCGAAAAAGUUAUAUUUAAAAGUAAAGAGCAUAAAAAAUGAGUGUUUUGAUCUUCAAACAUUUAUAUAUUGAGUUGGCAUAAUGUGUUGUAGCUAUGACAAAUGAGUGUUUGCGCAAGUGUAGGCAUAAAAUA